UAAAAUAAAAUUAAACUGACAUCUAAGUGGCGUCAUCUACAAUAGCAACGUGCUAGGCAACCAGUAAUACACACUCUAUGUGAUUUUGCAUAAUGAUUUCCCGAAAAGAAAAUUUAUUGGUGAGACCGUGGGAACAAAGACGGUUUGAAAAUCACAGGAAAAAGGUGCAAUCGGCCGGGCCGGCCAUCGACACGCGGCCGCCGUUACCACGACAACACGUCACCCUCAAACUCAAAAAAAAGCAAAAGGAGGAGGAACGGUGCCAAGAAAUCGAAAAAAAUAAUUUCAAUCUACUUAAAAGGCUGAGUUAUGUGAUGAGGACAAGUCGGGUCGACAACUAUUGGACCACCCCCCAACCCAAUUUCCUGAAUCGGGUUUCUAUGUACGAUACCGUGCCAAAAUUUGAGAAUUUGUACACUGAGGGACGGCAAGACGCCCCCAAAAACACCUCGACACGAAAAAGCAGAUGUCUGGCGUGCACCCCCCAACCGCUCCCGAACGUUAAGAUCCCCGAAGAACGAGUUCCGUGGGAACCCCAGAAAGGUUCAGUCGGCCGAACUCGGAGCAAGUCGGUUCCGCCAAGGCAAACUGAAUUCGUUCCGGGAGUCCCGAGAGUGUCAAAAUCCGCCCCAAAGCCGGGCAAAGUGGCGCCAAAAAUGAAAUUCAGUGCUAAGGAACCGCAAUGCAUCAUUUUAAGCCGUGGUUGCCUAAAAUUAUCUGUAAAUUUCCCAUCUGACACGUUGGUAAAACUGCAAGAAGGGACUCAGGAGAAAGUUUUAGUCCAUGGGGCUUGUAACUGUCGCAACGUGACCGGAAUUGCGGUUAAUUAAAUUUGAUAUAAAUACAAGUAAUUUAUUCGCUAGAAAUUUACAAUGUCCACGUUUCAAUAAAAUUCUGA